AUGGUUUACUUGUGGAUGUUGUCGCACAAGAGAUUCACGGAGCUUUGGCAUCCAUGCUAUGAAGACAGUUGUGUCGUAGCCAUCCAGUCAUUCUUCGAAGAGCUUCCCAAACGAUCUCCAGGUACAGGACGCCGAGAGUCACUGCUUCAAUUCUUCGGUGCAGCUCUUCGCCUUGACGAACAGCGUGGAACAAGUUUAAGCAUAUUAGCUGAGUCUUUGACGAGUGACGGAUCUACCAGUGAGCGUUAUAUGUCAAAUUUGCGUUGCACUAGCUCAUAUGGCAUAAACUAUAGCCAGGCUCAAAGCUGGUUAUCCAAGUCAAAAGCCAAUGUCGACCAGCUUCAUCAAUGUGUCUGCAACGUGAAAUCACUUCCAUCAGAUGCAGUAAAGAUAACCUACUAUGCAGAACUCGUACGCAGAGGCUUCUUUCUGACUGGUGCACGAGCUUGGUAUGGAAGUCCCUAA